CGGCCCGUCAGCAGUCAUUAGGGCAUGCGUUCCCCCGCUCGAGCUCAAGUGGGCCGUACCCGAAUAUACCUUUCUUGAUCUUGAGUCUUCGAGAGCAGCGCCGGCGCUCGCCUUUGCAGCAAUCAUGUCCACCUGGGUCACCAUCUACCUGCAGAUGAUGGCGAACCCGCCGUCCGCGAGCGAGCCCCAGCCGCUAGCCAACAAGAGAGGCACCAUCUACGGCAUCACCCUCACCUUCUUGAGUGUGGCAUGGCUCGCCGUCUUUUUUCGUCUUUGGGUCCGUAUCAGGAUGGUCAAGGAAGUGGGCUGGGACGAUGCCUUUGUGGUCCUCGCCCAGGCCUCCAACACGGCAGCAACCAUCUUGGUGUGUAUCUCCGUCAAUUAUGGAUUGGGUACACACAUGCUGUAUAUUCCACUCCCACGCUUGAUGACAUAUCUAAAGCUUUACUACAUCGAAUUGGGCGUGUACAUAACCAACUGUGGGAUUAUCAAGGUUGCUUUGCUGCUUCAAUAUUUGCGUAUCUUCAAGGCCGGCGGCAUGCGGUGGGUGUGUCUCGGGCUCCUUACCAUAGUCGUGCUCUGGAGCAUGGCCUUUGCUUUCAUGGCUUGGUUCCCAUGUUUCCCGGUCCGCGGCUGUUGGGAUCGGAGCUUCACAGCAAACUGUUACGGCUUCGGUUUCGGCAGUCUAUCAGGCUUCAUCAACAUGUACAACGCCCAGUCGGCUACCAACAUGAUACUUGAUGUCGCCAUCUUUGUUGCACCCAUGGUGCUAUUCCGAACACCCAACCUGAGGAAGAAGAAUGUCAUUGCCAUGACUGGCGUCUUCACUUUUGGCGCCGUUGUUGUCGGAACUUCAAUCGGCCGUCUACACGGCAUCAUACAAACCAGAGGCGGAACGUAUCCCUACAUCGACUACACCUGGUGGACCCCCACUAUGAUUAUUCUCUCCUGUCUCGAAAUCGACCUGGCCAUCAUUUGCGCGUCCAUGCCGAUAUUCUGGCCGAUUGUUGAAAAGUCUUUGGCCGCCAUCUUUGUCAGCUACGAAGUGCAAGUCGUCGAGGAGCGCGUAAACGACUACGGCCUCUCAUACGAGCUCGAGCACAAGAAUGCGGGAGAUAGGGGCAGUCUCAAGAGUAACUCCACGAGCACGCGAGAGUUGACACACGAAGAACAAGAGCAAGAGGCCAGGACACCUCAGUUCAGCGUGGGCCUUGAUCCGCUCAGCGAGGAGCAGAGAAACGGCGGGUUGAGUACAAACGUCCAAACACUAGCAGCGCCGCCUAAAUGGCAGCUGUAA